AUGAGCAUAUCAAUGAAAUCAACAGACAGCAACGUCACCUUAGCCAGCAGUGACCUGGAAGAAGAAGAAUAUGACGAGGAUGAUGAAGAAGAAGAGGCGGUAACAAGUGGCUGCCGAUCUUGUGACAAAACGAGGACCGUGAAGAGGAAACCGAGAGAUAUCCGCAUACACUAUGGUCUGAUCGCAUCGGGCAACCAAGUCAUCAAGGACGCUGCCAUACGAGACAAACUUAAGAAGGAUCUUGGUAAUCAUGUUCUCUGCAUCGAAAUGGAAGCGGCAGGGUUAAUGAAUAAUUUCCCGUGCAUGGUUAUUCGAGGCAUCUGCGAUUAUGCGGACUCGCACAAAAACGACGCUUGGCAGGAGCAUGCUGCCGCGGUAGCUGCGGCGUUUGCGAAAGAGCUUCUAGAGUAUGUACAGCCGAGUGAUGUUAACGGGGAGCGCCCGGUGAAAGAUAUAGUGGGCCAAAUCCUUGAUGCCACUUCUAGAACUGAAGCAAAGGUUACAACGGCAGUGUCCAAAUUGGAUAGAAAGGAAGAUUUGGAAAUCCUCAAAUGGAUCACAACGUCCGAGUAUGGUUCUCAACAAAGUGACAGCUUACGGAGACGGCAAGCAGGAACCGGCGAAUGGCUUCUCAACUCCAAAGAAUUCCAGGAGUGGUGUAAGGGAAGUAGCAAGACUUUAUUCUGUCCAGGUAUUCCCGGAGCUGGUAAAACAAUUCUUACAUCAGUCGUCAUCAAUCAUAUCGACGAACAGUUCCAAUAUGAUACGACAGUUGGAGUGGCUUAUAUCUAUUGCAACUUCCAGAGAAAACAUGGCGCUGAAGAUAUGAUUCAAAGUCUACUCAGACAACUGAGUCAAAGACAGCCUUCCCUACCAAAAGCUGUAAAGGCCCUCUACAAACGACAUAGCCCUAAACAGACUAAACCAUUGUUACACGAAGUCUCAAAAACUCUCAAGUCUGUGGCAGCCAUCUAUUCAAAAGUCUUUAUUAUCGUCGACGCACUUGACGAGUGCCAAGCAUCCAAUCGCUGCCGACAAACACUCUUGUCGGAAAUUUUUUCCCUUCAAGCAGCGACUGGAGCCAACUUCUUUGCAACAUCGCGACACAUCCCGGAAAUCAGAGAGCAAUUCAACGGGACCUUGUCUUUAGAGAUUCGUGCUCAUGAUGAGGAUAGCCGCUACCAAGGAUCAGGAGAGGAAAAGAAGCUUGCAGUAUUAAAUCAGGCAUACGAUGAUGCCAUGAAGAGAAUUCGACAACAAAGCACCGAUUUUACGCAACUUGCAGAGAGGAUCAUAUCGUGGAUUACCUACGCCAAGAGGUCGCUCACUGUGCGGGAGCUCCAGCAUGCCCUUGCCGUGGAAGUCGGCAAGUCUGAGCUGGAUCCUGAUAACUGCUCACAUAUUGACCUCAUGAUAUUCGUAUGUAACGGAUUGGUCACGGUUGACGAAGAGAGCAAUAUCAUUCGCCUAGUGCAUUACACCACCCAAGAAUAUUUCGAGCAAUCAGGCAGCCGUUGGUUUCCUGAUGCACAGACAGAUCUUGCAAUCACUUGUGUUACAUAUCUUUCAUUUGACGCUUUCAAAAGUGGUCGUUGCCAGACAGCCAAAGCGUUUGAGGAAAAAUUACAACUGCAUGCCCUUUACGACUACGCAGCACAGAACUGGGGAUAUCAUGCUUACGCACAGCCUAAACGGAUGAAGAAAUACGUAGCUAGAGCUCUGCUUGCGAAGAAGCAAAAUCCAUAUGUCCAGGAUACGAACAAAAGAACGCCAUUGUUUUACGCGGCAGGUAACGGACACGCAGCGGUUGUCAGGUUUCUGCUUACUAUGAAGGGCACCUACCUGCAUGCCGUAGAUAGAUACGGGCAAACUAUACUAUCAUAUGCUGCAAAGCGUGGGAGCGAAGCAGUAGUCAUGCUACUUAUCGAUAUGGAUGGUAUCAACUUAGAUACAAAAAGUAACAGCGAACAGACGCCGCUGUCUCAUGCCGCAGAAAAGGGGCACGAGGCUGUAGUGAAAUUGCUGCUUGCCUCAAAAUGCGUUGAUCCGAACUCUCAAUGCUUAGAGUUGCAGACACCGCUAUCCUAUGCAGCAGAUGCAGGACACGAGGGUAUAGUCAAGCUACUACUCGGUACGGAUGGUGUUAACCCAGAUGCUAAAGAUCGGAGUGGAAGAACGCCUUUAUCACUUGCCGCAAGCACCGCACACAAGGCGGUAGUUAACCUGCUGUUAGCCGCUGAGGGCGUCAAUUUGAACUCGAAAUGUUGUAGUUCCUAUGAUAAUACCUCAGAAGGCGCGGGAAGGACACCGUUUUCAUGGGCAGUAACUCACGGGUCAGUGGAGGUUGAAGAAUUACUACUGGCAAAGCAUGGCGUCGACCUGGACUGUAGAGAUGCGAAUGGCCGAACGCCGCUCUCUUAUGCCGCACAAUAUGGACCGGAGGCAGUGGUCAAGUUACUAUUAGCGAAAAACAAGAUCGAUCCGGAUUCCAGUGAUGACAGUGGCCGAACCCCACUAUCAUACGCAGCUGAACGCGGGCGCGAGGGAGUAGUAAGCCUACUAUUAGCAAAAGAUGUAAAUCCGGAUUCGAAGGACAAUGAAGAUAAGACACCACUAUCGCACGCAGCAAGAACACAGAGUCCUGCAGUAGUGAAGCUACUGCUAGCUACAGAGCGCGUCAAUCCUAACUCUCAAGAUACCGAAGGUCGAACACCACUGUCGUGGGCAGCAAAAGGUUAUAACGAAGCGACGGUGAUGCUGUUACUCGCUACGAGUAGUGUGGAUCCCGACUUGAGGUCCAAGGACGGACGAACAGCGUUGUCCUAUGCAGUAUGUGAUUAUCGCGCGGCGGUGGUGGUCCAGCUGCUCCUAGCAAACAGCGGCAUUGACCCCAAUUCUAAAGACAACAAGGGUCGGACACCGCUGUCAUGGGCAGCAGAACAUGGGUGGACGACGGAAGCAAUGGAAACGUUACUAGCGAAGGAUAAUAUCGAUCAGGAUUCUAGAGACAAUGAUAAUCGGACACCGCUAUCAUAUGCGGCGGAGAGGGGGAGGGAAGCAAUAAUCAAACUGCUACUAGCCUCGAAUCUACGUGUCGACGCAGAUUCUAAAGAUGAUAGUGGCCGUACACCAUUAUCUUACGCUGCUGAGAAUGGACAAAGAGAAGUGGUUGAUCUGCUGCUAGCGACAGGCCAACGGGUCAACGCAGAUUCAAAGGACAUUAACGGUCGUUCACCACUAUCAUACGCAGCAGGGAAUGGGAAAACAGCGAUAGUUGAGCUACUACUAGCCACCGACAGUAUCGAUGCAAAUUCUCUAGAUUCCAACCACCGUACACCCCUGUCUUGGGCAGCAGGGAUAGGAGACGUGGAGAUGGUUAACUUGCUGCUCACAAACCCCACUGUCGACUCUAAUUCUCCAGAUAAAGAUGGCCAGACCCCAUUUUGGUGGGCUGCGAAAAGAGAAUACGAAAUUAUUACCGAACAAUGGUGGCACUUUGAUGCCUUGAAACUUUGGGGCAAGCGAAAUGAAACUUCGGAUAAGGACGAUGAAUCGCCUUUAUGGGCUGCCGCAUGCAACGGGCAUGUGGAGAUUGUGAAGCUCUUACUUGAGAAGUACUGCGUUGAACCUGAUUCUAAGAAUAAAGACGAUGAAUCGCCUUUGUUGGCUGCCUCAUGCAACGGACAUGCAGAGAUUGUGAGGCUUCUGGUCUUAGAGGACGGCGUGGACAUUGACUCCAAAGAUACAGAGGGAAAAUCACCGUUGUGGUUUGCCUCGCGCAACGGACAUGCAGAGAUUGACACCGGUGUCAUGUGCGAUGCAGAAUGGACAUAA